AUGUCUGGAGAGCGAGAAAAAAAUGUGAUUCACUGGUUUCGCAAAGGGCUACGUCUUCACGACAAUCCAGCCCUCAAAGAAGCACUUAAAGGAGCCAAUACCAUUAGGUGUGUCUAUACACUAGAUCCGUGGUUUGCAGGAUCUUCUCAAGUCGGCAUCAACAAAUGGAGAUUUCUCCUAAAUUGUCUCGAAGAUUUGGAUGCAAGUUUACGUAAAUUAAACUCAAGACUUUUUGUUGUGCGUGGUCAACCAGCUGAUGUAUUUCCACAGUUAUUCAAGGAAUGGAAUAUCACCACAUUGUCAUUUGAAGAAGAUCCUGAACCUUUUGGCAAGGAUAGAGAUGCUGCCAUUUGUACUUUGGUCAGAGAUGCUGGAAUUGAAGUUAUCAUCAAAACUUGUCACACUUUAUAUGAUUCAAAAGCAAUUCUUGAUAAAAAUGGAGGAAGACCCCCCUUGACUUACAACAAAUUCCAGAAAAUUCUGGCAGAAAUGGAUUUACCUCCACGACCGCUGGAAACAGUGACUGCCAGUGAUUUUGGAAACUGUAGGACCCCUUUGUCUGUUGACCAUGAUGAAAAAUAUGGAGUACCAACGCUGGAAGAACUUGGGUUUGAUACUGAAGGAUUAGGUCAAACUAAUUUUCAUGGUGGGGAAACUGAAGCAUUAGCCAGGUUGGAUAGACACUUGGAGAGGAAAGCUUGGGUAGCCAGCUUUGAGAAACCCAAAAUGACUCCCCAAUCAUUGUUUCCCAGUCAUACAGCACUUAGCCCUUAUUUGAGGUUUAGCUGUCUUUCACCACGUUUGUUCUACUGGAAAUUAACAGAACUUUACACAAAGAUUAAAAAAAAGAGCAAUCCCCCACUUUCCUUACAUGGACAAUUGCUUUGGAGAGAAUUCUUCUACACUGCUGCAUCCAACAAUCCUAGAUUUGACCAAAUGGUUGGAAACCCUGUUUGUGUUCAAAUUCCAUGGGACAUAAACCAAGAAGCAUUGGCCAAGUGGGCUGAGGGUAUGACUGGUUUCCCCUGGAUAGAUGCUAUCAUGAAACAGUUACGGAAAGAAGGCUGGAUCCAUCACCUUGCUCGGCAUUCAGUUGCUUGUUUCUUAACCAGAGGUGAUCUUUGGAUAUCUUGGGAGGAUGGAAUGAAGGUGUUUGAAGAGUUGCUGUUAGAUGCUGACUGGAGUGUGAAUGCAGGCAUGUGGAUGUGGCUCUCUUGCAGUUCAUUCUUCCAGCAGUUCUUCCAUUGCUACUGUCCUGUUGGCUUUGGCAAAAGAAUUGAUCCUAAUGGCGACUUCAUCAGACAUUAUCUUCCAAUUCUGAAGCGCUUUCCAGCCAAAUACAUCUAUGAACCCUGGAAUGCCCCUGAAAAUGUGCAGAAGACUGCCAAGUGUAUUAUUGGUAAAGAUUAUCCUGUACCCAUGGUCAAUCAUUCAGAAGUCAGUCGGAUCAACAUGGAACGAAUGCGUCAAGUCUAUCACCGUUUAACCAUGAGAAGUUCAGCUACAAUACCAAAACAGAUUCAUUCUCGAGAAGGGCUGCAGUACUCAAAGCACUCUAAACCAAUGGACAUAUGCUUUCAUGGGACUUCUAAGCAUGAUAAACGUUAUGACCAACACUUUAUGUUGAAGAGCUACUAG